AUGCACUUCCUCACCUUCCUCCGUUUCUCGAUGAUGCUUACCGCUGGUAACGCAGCCAUACCCCAUGGCCGCAACAUGCAGCCCCGGGCUGAGCCUUCGGCAUCGUGCGACGCCACCACCACACUCGAGCCUCUGACGGUCACUGGGGAUGCUGGAGGGGGCAAUACCUAUAUCCAGUGCUACACCCUCACGUACCCUGGUCUGGGUCCUUCGGGCGUCGUCACCCCUAUCGUCUACACCAUUACCGAGACGUGCAACAAGCCCAUCUGCCGCCAGCCGGCCGAGACGGCACCCCCACCUAGCUUCACCUGUGCCGUCGUCAACUGCGAGACCUGUGCGGCAGGUGGAGGACCUGUCCGUGUUACCGUCACUGUGCCUACCACUGUCGUCCAGGAGUACGUCUCGUCUGGCUACACCGUUCAGACUGUCACUAUUCAGGAUCCUGGUCACCCUGCCGCCCCAGGGGGCAGCAUUCCUACGGCUGGGGGUGUCGAGACUGGCGUUAGCAGUGGGCCAACUCCUGGAGCUGGCGGUGGCGCGUCUGGUGGCGCUUCGUCCAACGGUGGUUCCUCUGAUGGUGGCUCCUCUGGAGCUGGCAACAAGCCGUCUGGCGGCGGCUCUGCGGGUGGCAACUCUCAAUCAUCGCCAUCACAGAUGGUCACUGCUGGUGCUUCUGGCCACGUCAGCCUGAUCACUGAGGGAUCUAUGAUGGCUAUGAUUCUCGGCGCCAUAGUCUUCCUAUAA